AGUGUGUUGGCCGUUACCAUGGUUACGGAUUAUUAUGGAUGACACAAAUAAAGUCUCAAUAUUGUUCGUUGUGACGUGUCGAAAUUAGAUCAAAGUUUAUUUUGAGUGUCUUCCUAAUUAAACUACCUUUUAAAGUAGUUCACACGCGAAUGUUCCAUUUUGUGUUGUUAGAAAUUACUAUAAACUAAAUGUAAACAGAACUGAAACGGAAAACUUUAGAUCGAAGUCGUCAGCUAUAUUUCAGUGAAGUUUAAGUUGUUCUAUCAAUUUGUCCUAUUUAUUAUAGUUUUUACUUACAAUUAAUUGUAUGAAACAGAAAACUAUGUCAAGAAGAUAAUAGGAAGAAGUUAAGAGGGGCAGGAAUGCACGGUGGAUGAGGUUGGUAAAUAAUGAACCGGUACGUGGUGCUGCAGCAGCUGGGAGACGGCACGUACGGGAACGUUGCGCUCGCUCGGCGCCGGGACUCGGGCGAAUAUGUCGCUAUCAAGCGCAUGAAACGCAAGUACUACUCGUGGGAGGAGGCCAUGGGCUUGCGAGAGGUCAAGGCACUGAAGAAACUGUCACACGCCAACAUAGUGAAGCUUCGUGAAGUUAUUCGUGAAGACGACACGCUGUACUUCGUGUUUGAGCAUCUCCGAGGGAACUUAUACCAGUUGCUUCGCGAGCAACCGCCUCGUGAGCCCGCGCUGCGAAAUGUCCUUUUACAGGUACUCCGUGGUCUAGCCCACAUGCACCGCCACGGCUUCUUCCACCGCGACCUCAAGCCGGAGAACUUGCUCUGCAGCGGUCCGGAACUGGUCAAGAUCGCAGACCUAGGGCUGGCGCGGGAGGUGCGCUCCCGUCCGCCGUAUACUCAGUACGUUUCUACGCGCUGGUACCGCGCGCCUGAGGUACUGCUGCGAGAUCCAGCGUACGGCGCCCCCGUGGAUCUGUGGGCCGUGGGUUGUAUAGCGGCGGAGCUCCAUACGGCGCGCCCACUGUUCCCUGGAGCGUCUGAGAUCGACCAGUUGUACAAAAUCGCGGGCGUGCUAGGCGCCCCGACGCGCGCGUCGUGGCCAGAAGGGCUGGCGCUAGCGGAGGCGCUCCGCUUCCGCUUCCCGGCGACCGCGGCCGUGCCGCUGUCGCGGGUCGUGCCCGGCGCCGCGCCGCCCGCGCUGGCGCUGCUGGCCGCGCUGCUGCGCUACCCGCCCCGCGAGCGGCCCACGGCGCAGCAGGCGUUGCGGUUUCCAUAUUUUGCAGUAGGAACUGAACUCGGCGUACCGCCGCCACUGUCUCGCGCAAGAAGGAGUAGUGUGCGCGUGGAGAUGGAGCCAUCGCCCGCCGUCGCCCCCGCCCCCGCUCCCGCGCCUGCGCCCGCGCUGGCGCCGCCGCGGGAUCAUUUUGCCGACAUUUUGGGAGGCGAGGUGGUGCACUCGACGCGCGUGGAGGAGUCCCUGCGGCGCGCUGACACGGCGGCGCGCGGGCGCAGCGUGCUGGCGCCGCCCGCCCCCGCCCCCCCCGCGCCGCAGCCGCGCGCGCUCGGCGCCGCCGCCGCGUAUCUCGGCGCGGCGCGGUACGUGGCCGGCGCGAGGAUUGACACUUCGCUGUUCCAUCCGCUCGCUAUGCGUUCACACCACGAGACAGCGACGGUGGGCAGCGGCGCGCCGCGCGUGGACUGGGCCGCCAAGUACCUGCGCUGACCCCCGCCCCGCCCCGCCCCGCCC